AUGUCAGAUCAGACAUUUAUCGAGAAUCAUAUUCUGAUGGAUAUUGAAGCACAGUCCUCACUGCCUACCGGAGGCCACAAAAUCCUCUCCAGAGAAGAAUGGUUGAAAUUCAAGCCAAUCAUACAGCAAUUAUAUAUAGACGAGAACCAGACAUACCCUACUGUUGCUCAUGAACUCGCAAGAAGGUUCGACUUUUACCCUACAAAACGUCAAUUCACACGGAAGACCGAGGAGUGGGGUUUGAAGAAGAAUUUCAGGAAGGCGGAAAGGAAGCUUCUUCUUCAAAAUGACAAUAAAAACGGCAUUGUGAAGUUUGUUAUUGGAGACAAACGUGUUUCGGAUACCAAAAGGAUCCAAAGGCUGAAGAGAAGAUAUGCACACGAAAGCCCAUUGUCUCGAGUACAUCCAGAUAUCUCCUAUCAAGACACCAACAUCACGCCAAAAUCUGUUGGGCCAUAUUGCUUACUCGAAGAGCAACUACCCACAUCAAAUUAUGUGGGUGAAAUCGCUUCAGCUCAUGUAGAAUCGAAAAUCUCAAACGUUACCGAGGAGAAUGACGCUAUGGAUCUGGAACAAUGGCCCUUCAGUUGGGUUAUUGGUGUCCCUGGAUCUCCUGGAUUAACUGGACUGUUUAGACUACUGGAGAUUGAAGCUUCCAUGCCACCGCUAAAUCUUGAUGAUGAAGUCGUGGACACGAAACAAUUUAUCUCCGGAAACGAGCUUCGCAAUGUUAUAGAGUGCCACGAAACAUCAGUUAAGCAGAUGUCUAUCCUCUAUAAUCGCGCCGAAUAUGGCUACAUGCCUAAUAAUGUGGUGCAACCUGUACUCAUUCCAAGAAAAGAAAUCCAAUGGAGUCCGUUGUUCGAGCUUGAUCUUUUUCCAACUUCUCAAAAUACCUGUCAUUAUCGGCGUGGAGUGGUGCUUGCACCUUCAUCCAGCCCAUUGAUUGACGUGUGGGAAAAAGAAAUUAAAGAGUGGAAAUUUAAGCUUUGCUCAUUUAGGAUGACUUUACCAGACCAUAACCCAGCAAUUAUUUUAGUUCUCCAGCAUUUGAUUCAUCUCCACAAGCAAAAAAGGAAAACUUGCUUACGUUUACAUCGUCAACUUCUAGCUGCAAGGCUGAAGGAGGGCUGUCCCAAUAAUUACAAGAUAAUGGAGGUAUAUUUCGAGAUUGUCAUGCAGCUUUUGUCGAAAAGAAAAGUUCUGGAAGCGACAUACCUAUAUCGAAGCUUGUGUGAAGCGAUUCAACAAUCGCAACUGAGCUCUGAGCACCCCUUCUAUAUCCGACUCUCCUACCUCGAAGCUUAUGUUUUGUACAAUAAUAGUCAGUAUGCAGAGGCCGAGUUAGUCAUCCGAUCAGUGAUACGGAACGUCUUAAAUAACCGGGAUCUGGACCGCAAUCAGGAAGUGACAAGCGAUGCACUCGAGCUUCUUGGUCUCUUGAUCGGAGGCAAAAAAGAAGAUUUAUAUUCAGAGGCCGAGAAGCUAUAUAGAUACAACAUUCACCAACUGAAUAAACAUGACCGAAGCCUGAGUAAGAGUUACUUUAAAAAUAUGAACGGACUGAUCUGGGUUCUUUUGAAAGACAGAAAGACUGAAGAAGCUUACAGUCUGUGUAGAUGUAUGAUGGAGCACGUUGAACAAGCAUUGGGCAAGAGGCACUCUUGGUAUGGCGUUUACCAGCGUCAGCUGGGCUCUAUCCUUUCUGAUAGAGGCAUGAUAUUUGAAUCCAUCGAAAUCGUCCACAAUAUACUGCAGCAAGUAGAUCACUGUUUACUACCCGAGAGGUAUCACAAUCUUGGUUCCAUCCUAAUGAAUGGGGGAAGUUUCGAGGAAGCAAUAGUCAUGUACAAAAAAAGUCUCUCAAUUGACGUUCAACAGCAAGGUUGGUGCAAUUUUGGGAAUUUAAACGAAACAUGUGGCAAGCUAGGGUAUUGUUAUGAAGAGUUGUCCCAAUUCCAGGAUGCAUUGUUCUUGUAUGAGAAAUUGUUAGAAAAAUUAAAGAGUGUCACUGAAGAUGACAAUCCGUUUAUCAAGGAAGUCGAGGUUUGGAUUUCUGAGGUACAAGAGCUGAUGGAAGAAAGCAGCGCUGUUUGUGAGGAAUCGAACGCUGCCUGUGAUUUCCAAAUGGGAGGAGUUAGUAAUGACUCGAAGUACGAACAGUUUGGCGAGGGUGUAUUAGAUGACGUGAGCUUGAGAGAGAUAUUUGAGAUGGAAGACAGGGCGCUGGAUGAAGAGGUUGCCGAUAUAGGCAAGCAGUUGACUUCAAUAAAACUUUCCUAG